CUCACAAGGAAUUGUGGAUCGAAGAGGCCAGCAAACGAAGCGAUAGAUCGAUCUUGAGGAGCGUCACCAGGGACACAGGGGCAGGAAUGUAGAGGGAGGGCGUCCGGCAUUCUCUCUCCUAAUGUCCGGGGGCUCAUGCGCAGUGGGCCUCGGGGAGCUUGAUCAACCGGGGUUGAUAGGCAAGGGAGGUCUACCACAGCAGCAACACCAUAAUCAUCUCCAUCACAUGCAAAUGGCACAGCAGCCACUGCCGCCUGUGCGCACAACCCUGCCCGCUCUGGCAGUCCCUGGGCAGGAGGCGACCAGUUCGCGGUCGACGCUGAGCGAGGGCGACACGUUUGAGCCGGGCAGCGGGACGGCGUGCAGUUCCCCCACAACGCCCCCCUGCUCGCCACCGGCAUACCCCGGGUCCCCCCCCUCGGCGCCGCGCAAAAAAUCCCCCGGCAAGCUCGCGCCGCGGUAUACGGGGGACGCUGCGAGGAGCCUGCUAGGGCCGCUGCCGACGAGGCGCGCAUUGCUACCGGCAUUUGACGCGGCGGCCGGGGCUCAGGAGGGCGCGCCCCAGGACGUGCAGCCGCCACAGCAGCCGGGAAGAAAUGAUGUUCCCUCCGCCUCCAAGCGACUCGGGCAAAGCAGCACGCCGACGCAUGGAGUGCCAAAGCGGACGCGGAGAGACACUGAGGAUGAGUCACAGGGCGAGUCACGGUGACCAACGGCGGCCAGCACCCACCACUGGAGCUUCUUGAAACAGCUGUACUGCCGCAACGUAAGCUCUGCACUGCUCGUCACAUGCGCACAGUC